AUGAUUAUCAUCAUCAUCAUCAUCGUCGUUGUCGUCGUCAUGGUCUUUACGACUCAGCGCCACGGCGGGCAGGAAAGUGUGCAACCUGACAAAAAGACCAAUGUUGCACACGAGGAGAUUCCGAGCUUGGAGGGGAGCAGCGUCUGGACAAAACUGUGGGUUGCGCCAUGCAGCCCCAUGCGGUCAUCAUAUGGUGUGGAGUGCGAGGGGGUACAUGCAUCAUCAAUUUGGGGUCAAGGGUCUAAUAGAACGGUCGUCGUGGUCGAUGUUGAUUGUCGCGUUGUCGUUGUACUUGUGGUCGUCGUGACGAGAAUUAUCCCGGUCCUUUCACUAGUAGUAGUACCCAAGUUAAGGGAGUCACUGCUUAGCCGCUCGUUUAUCCGUCCUGUAGUUGGGGCCGACCCUAGGCAAGUUAGCAAAAGCGACCAAAGGGUCCCCAUGAGCGCCACCAUGGGUCCACCACCAAGAUCAAAGCCGGAAAGAUGA